AUGAGAGAGGAGGAGCAGUCUCAUGAUGACCACCCUGAGGGAGGGGUGGUUUCCAGCGAGGAGAACACGGUUAGACCACCAUCUAACGCCUGUCCUGUUGUCGUAGCCACGCCGGGGGUCACCGGGCGUAAACGGCAGACGGGCUCACAUACCGAGGAUCACGUUACGACAGUCGGUCCCACCUCAUCGGCACACGAUGGCAAGGCCAAGCCAGUGGAGGACACCCAGAUCUACACGCUGACUGGACCCAAAAAACUAAAAAGGAGUCCUCAACAUCGGCCGCCUUCCUCGGACACAUCUCUCUCUCCUGGCCCCGAUCCUAGUCCCGGAGAUCUCUCAUCCCUUGAGGACCCACACGGCCAGCGGGUGAUCGCCAACAUCCGGGAGCGCCAGCGGACACAAUCUUUGAACGACGCCUUUGCCUCGUUGCGUAAGAUAAUCCCGACGCUCCCUUCUGACAAACUGAGCAAGAUCCAGACCCUUAAAUUGGCGUCGCGCUACAUUGACUUUCUUUACCAGGUUCUGGAGAAUGACGAGAUGGACACUAAGAUGGCUGGAUGUAACUACCUGGCCCACGAGAGACUGAGCUAUGCCUUCUCUGUGUGGAGGAUGGAGGGCGCCUGGUCGACCAUGUCGGCUGGUCACUAG